UUGCUUUUGUUAAGCACACUACAGUCUUCGACAACAUGCAGGGUAAGAACCAGGAGUCCUGGGCGCUGGACCUGGAGCUGGAAGACUUGAAGCUCUUGUGUCCUGACGGGAGUGAAGCGAACCUGUUCCAGCAUGAGCACUGCCACCUGGCCGAAGUGCCAACCAAUGCUGUGGUAGUACGUUUGGAGGACAAAUGCCGCGUUUACAAGUUCUUGGAACGUGUGCAGAAUGCAUUUGCUAAUGCCACUGAAGGAUUCUCAUUGUUCAGCUCGGUGAAUUAUGGGCAGCCUGAUGUGCUGUUCAGCGAUUCCACCAAAAAGCUGCUGCGUGUUAUGGGGACCUACACUUCCUGGCUGGGGCCCAGUUACACCACUAUUCUGAAGGCGUUCGAGUGUGAAGGUUUGUGUUGAUCUGAUGAGGAAAGAGGAAACGCUCUCACACUAACCCUAAAGCACUCUGUGUAAGGUGUGCUACUCUCGUAUAUGGGCUGAACACCAGCAAGCUCUUGCCUGUGUUUUGUAGUACUGUUAUUACUGUUCUGUUCUCGCUGUCUUUGUAUGGCUUCAUUCUAUCACAUUUUCUUCACUUCUUUGCCGCUAAAGCCAAGUUCCUGCCAUGUGAAAAAUACAAAAAUAAGCACAAAAAGACCUAAACUUCUAUGCAGAAAAGAACUGGAGGGAAACGCACCGCAAACCAUGAAGGGUUUUUUGCCUUGACCGUUGUUAGUUAAUCCAUGCCAUUCUUUAACCGAGGGAUGCAGUUUUCUGAGCACAAAAUACAUUCAGGGCCAAAGCAUACUCUACGCAAGUACAUGGACACAAAUGAUUUUAGUUAAAUAAGUUUGAUUUCACAUGUUAUUUUUUUUUUUUUUAUGCAUCAGACUAAAAGUAUGUGUUGUAUUCAGUGUUGCUGUGGCUGAAAUUAGUGUAUUUUACAGUAAGUUUUCUAUUUCAGAUCAACUAUGUACCUGGAUAAUGUCAUGUCUAUUUUAAAGGCACAGACAAAAUCAAGAUACAUGAGAAGGACUUAAGAUAUUAAGUCUUGCUUUCUGAAAAAAACAUGAAAAAUAAGUGAGUUUAAGCUUAAAACAAGACAAAAAUCUGCCAAUGGGGUAAGUAAAAUAAACUAAAUUCAAAGAGAAAACUGUUUUUCUUUUUUUUUCAUACCCAAUUGGCAGAUAUUAGUUAUUGUUUUAAGUAUAAACUCACAUAAUUAGGAUUUUUUUUAAUUUAUAUUUUCCAGAAAAUUAGUCUCAAGUAAUUUGGAAAACAAAAGAAAAAUAUUUUUUUGCAGUGUCCAUAUUCAGUCACAUCUGAGUUUGCGUACUUGCGCAUUAUAUGUUUCUGACUGCUUCAUAAUGACUUUUAACUUGAAUAUUCAUAUUCUUUGUGUAUCUAAAACUAGCAGAGUGCAGGUAUCAAGGAAUUAAAAAUGAGAGGAUAUAAGUAAGUUUAUUACAUAUAUAGAUACUCAAGGUAGCACAUAAUAGGACAUUAAAACUCUGGACAGAUUUAUGGUUGGUUGUUACAUAACAGGUGCUUUAACGGUGCUGUUUCCUGACCCUUCAAGGUUACAAAAAUACCAACUUGAACUAAUGUGUAAAUAGUCAUGUCACUCUUAGAUUUAUAGAGCCUUCACUUAUUAAUAAAAAUCCAUGUUGUCAAA